AGCCUUUCUUCCCUCACUUCAUUCCCUUUCAUUUCACCUCUCUCCCUUCCCCUUCCCCUUCCCUUCACUAAAAUGGCUCAGAAAGUUGUGCUGAAAGUGAUGACGAUGACGGACGAGAAGACGAAGCAGAAAGCAAUCGAAGCUGCUGCCGACAUCUACGGAGUUGAUUCGAUUGCGGCGGAUCUGAAGGAUCAGAAACUGACGGUGAUUGGAUCGAUGGAUGCGGUGGCGAUUGUGAAGAAAUUGAAGAAAGUUGGUAAAGUUGAUAUAAUAUCAGUUGGACCUGCAAAGGAAGAGAAGAAGGAAGAGAAGAAAGAGGAGAAGAAAGAAGAGAAAAAGGAAGAGAAAAAAGAGGAAAAAAAAGAGGAGAAGAAAGAGGAGAAAAAGUAAAGUUGAAGUGAAAAAGUACAAUUCCUUUACCCUUCUUUCAAUUUUGAUUUUCCAUUUACAUAUAUGAGAAUUCUAAUUUAAAUAACAUCACUUUUUCUUUUCUUUUUUUAAAUAUUUCUUUUGGCUUCAUUUAAAUACUUGAAGAAUCCAUAUGAAAACAUUACAUUGUUA